AAUAAAUCGAAAAGUACAGAAUAAUAAUAAUGAUAAAAUAAAUAACUUAGAUGUGGACUGCGGAGUACUUCCCUGAUAUCCUUCUUUAUUUGCACAUUAUAAAUUCAGCCCGCUUCUAAACCAAAUCAUCAUCCCACAGAAUACUUGAGGAAAAAAAAAACCAUUUUUCUGAUAUAAUAUCUGAAUUAGGAAUCAAAUUCUGUGAGGAAAAAAGAAAAAGAUGGGUUUGAAAGGCAAAAUGAUAGGGCAAACAGUGGUGAAGCACUCUGGAGUUGGAGAUGUGUUCCAUGAUUUGUUCAGCAAAAGGCCACACGAUCUGGCCAUCGCCUCUCCUGAAAAAGUUCAAGGCUUUACUCUGCUUGAAGGUACCCUUGGAGCUGCCGGAUCCAAGAUCUGCUGGCACUACACCCACGAUGGUAAGGAAAGCAUUGCGAAGCAGAUCAUAGAUGAAGUGGAUGAAGUGAAACAAUCCAUCAAAUUCAGGAUGAUUGAAGGAGAUCUUAUGGAGUUUUACAAGAGCUUGAUAAUAACCUAUCAUGUUGACACCAUCGGGGAAGACAACUUGGUAACAUGGACUCUGGACUAUGAGAAGCUGGAAGAACUCGGCCCGCAUCCCGGAACUUUGCUCAGCUUUUUCCUUCACAUGAUUGAAGACAUUGAGGCUCAUCACCUCGAUGGAGCUUAA